AUGUCCUUCACUGACAAUGAUAUGUGUGAUCAAGUGGCCGUCAUCGCCUACGAUCUGGACUCUGCCCUCAACCCAGUGCCUUCCGGUCUCCAGACUCUUCUGGAACAAAACUACCCGCUCUCCAUGCUGAAGGAAGAGAAGAUCGAGGAGUUGGUUACCAGAUACAUUCAUUGUCCACAAGUCGGAAAUAUGGCGCGAAGAGUGAUUGGAAAGAUCAAUAGUAUGGAACAGAAGGGGUCAAUGAAAGCGAAUGAGAAGAGCCGUAAGCGUGGUUGGAGUAUGGAAUCAUUUUCGUCUAGUGGAUCUUCUACAAAUUCCACCGAACCGAUUUCCAAGCCGAAGAAUUCUCAACCAGUGCCAAGCAAUAUGACUGGAUCGUCUUCUUGCCUGCCAUCCAUACAUCCAACUUCUGUUCAACAUUAA